GCCAUAGAGGCGGUGUGAGAACUACACUUCCCAGAGUGCCUCGCGAGGGACGGCGCCGGCGGCUGGUGUGGUGGGGGAGCGAGGCGGCGCUGGGUGACGGGAGGAGCUCCCGGUACCGGGAGCAGGAUGUAUACUCUGCUGUCUGGGCUCUAUAAGUAUAUGUUCCAGAGGGAUGAGUACUGCAUCUUGAUCCUCGGUUUGGACAAUGCUGGUAAAACAACCUUCCUUGAACAGACUAAAACUCGAUUUAACAAGAACUACAAAGGGAUGAGUCUGUCAAAAAUCACAACCACUGUAGGCUUAAACAUUGGUACAAUUGAUGUUGGCAAAACUCGGCUGAUGUUUUGGGAUCUUGGGGGCCAGGAGGAGCUACAGUCUCUUUGGGACAAGUACUAUGCUGAAUCUCACGGUGUCAUCUAUGUUAUUGAUUCCACUGAUGAGGAGAGGCUCUCAGAAUCUAAAAGAGCUUUUGAGAAGAUGAUUACUAGCGAAGCUCUGGAAGGAGUUCCCAUUCUGGUGUUAGCUAACAAGCAGGAUGUAGAGACUUGUCUGUCAAUUCCUGACAUCAAAACAGCGUUUAGUGACUGCAUUAACAAAAUUGGGAAGAGAGACUGCCUAACACAAGCCUGCUCUGCUCUGACUGGCAAAGGAGUGAACGAGGGAAUUGAAUGGAUGGUGAAGUGCGUGGUGAGGAACAUCCACCGACCCCCAAGAAAGAAGGACAUAACGUAAGGAAUUGCAAGGCAGCCAAGGAAUGGACAUUCUCUUCCCACACAGCUUAGUGUUCUCUUUAAAGAAGGUGGUCCACCAGAUUUCUAUUACACCUGAUUCUUUCCGAAGUUUGAAGACGAACAUUCUCUUUCUUUGUCUAAAAAACCUGAGCAAAGGAUUCCAGCUGGGGUUGGGGGGAAUCUCUUACUUCAAGUAUUAAGCCAUUGGCCUGAGGGCAUAGACUGAGUGGCAAUCUGUAAUUUGUUGCAGAUGCAAAGAACUUCAUUUUCUACUUUGUAUUACUUUGUGACUCUUGAUUUAUUAGUCUGAUGGGCUAGAGGCCAGUAACUUGGAACUGUCCUCUCUUGAAGGAACCGAAUACAUGAAUAUGAAAGGGAAGGAGCACGGGGAAUGGCUCUCCCUUCUCUCUGAGAAGAUACCUUGCUGCUCCAGCCCCAUGGCUACUAAAGGUGGUCUUACUGGCCCUGUUAUGCUUUUGUUUGUAUGAUGGGGAGAGACAGUGUUGAUAAUAAUUCAGUUUUCAGUUGGCACUUUGAUCCAAUGACUUUUACCCGUGGUAAAUACAAAUAUGGAAGCCAACCUGUAGCACAGUGAUACACUGUUUGAAAAUGGUAUUUGUAACAGGACAUGAAGCACUGCCUUGCUUUGACUGCCAGUCUCUGCUGUGCAUUCUUCUUAAUUGUAAGAAUAAUUGAUUGAUUUGUUUAACUGGAAUGAAUUGGGGCACUCUGUGUAUAAUGUCUAGGCCAAAAUCUGAACCUCUAGGCAGGGAGAAAAUCAGUAUGCAAUAAAGCUUCCUGCUCCUUCCAACUCUCUUGCUCAAGCAACUGAUGAGUCUUAUAAGUUCAGGAACGUUGGUACUUGGCCUUCUAUGGCUUUUUGAAAUGCAGGAAAGAACAGAAAGGCAGCUCUCAAAGUCAGAUCCUGCUCACUUCUCUUGUGGCCAACCCAGCUGGUAAUUCUGUGGAUGUAUCACUAACGUUUCUCCAAAUACCUCUUUGAAAACAUCUGGAUGCAUUUAAUGGUGGUUUGGCUGUGGGCAUUAUUCUUUGUGUGGCUGAGUUACUCUUGGCACUGGUGGGUGUUCAGAGCUGUUUGCACCUGAUGAAGUGUACAUUGUUCUGGCUCUGUUUGAGUAAGAUACAUGGUGAUAUUUGUUUAAUGAUAUGUUAUCUGGCUCUUGCCAAAGCCCUUUGUGUUAAAUGUUCUGUGUUCAA